CGGGCCCUCACCACCAAACCAAGAUGUGUCGUGGACCAAGAUGUUCAUCAUUGAUAAAGUCGACGGUGAUAAUGUUUCCCUGGGUCAGUUUGAUAUCUCCGGCUCAAAGUACACACCUGAAGGAGAAGUGACAAAGAAUGGCAGCUCUCUGAAGUGCGGCCAGCAUGACGGUCUGGUUGAGCUGGCGACUAUCUGCGCUCUGUGCAACGACUCCUCUCUGGACUACAACGAGGCCAAGGGUAUCUAUGAGAAGGUGGGUGAGGCCACUGAGACAGCGCUGUCCUGUCUGGUGGAGAAGAUGAACGUGUUCAACACUGAGGUGCGCGGCCUGUCCAAGGUGGAGAGGGCCAACGCCUGCUGCUCUGUGAUCAAGCAGCUGAUGAAGAAGGAGUUCACGCUGGAGUUCUCCAGAGACAGAAAGUCCAUGUCAGUUUACUGCUCUCCUGCCAAGUCUGGCAAAGCUCCUGUUGGAAACAAGAUGUUUAUCAAAGGAGCUCCAGAAGGAGUCAUCGACCGCUGUGCCUACGUCCGUGUGGGAACCACCCGGGUUCCUCUGACCGGCGUCGUUAAAGACCACCUCCUGUCCGUCAUCAAGGAGUGGGGCACGGGGCGCGACACCCUCCGCUGCCUGGCCCUCGCCACCUGCGACACCCCUCUGAGGAGGGACGAGAUGAACCUGGAGGACGCCACCAAGUUUAUAGACUACGAGACUGACCUGACCUUUGUGGGCUGUGUUGGCAUGCUGGACCCCCCCCGUAAGGAGGUCAUCGGCGCCAUCGAGCUCUGCAGGGCUGCUGGCAUCCGGGUCAUCAUGAUCACCGGUGACAACAAAGGCACAGCUGUGGCCAUCUGCCGCCGUAUUGGCAUCUUCAGUGAAGACGAGGAUGUGACUUCCAAGGCCUUCACCGGUCGUGAGUUUGAUGAUCUCGCUCCAUACGAUCAGAAGCUCGCCGUCAAAAAGGCUUGCUGCUUCGCCAGAGUGGAACCGGCCCACAAGUCCAAGAUCGUUGAGAUCCUGCAGAGCUUCGAUGAGAUCACAGCCAUGACGGGUGACGGAGUGAACGAUGCCCCCGCCUUGAAGAAAGCGGAGAUUGGCAUCGCCAUGGGCUCUGGCACUGCCGUUGCCAAGUCUGCCUCUGAGAUGGUCCUGGCUGACGACAACUUUUCCUCCAUUGUGUCUGCUGUCGAGGAGGGCAGAGCCAUUUACAACAACAUGAAGCAGUUCAUCCGCUACCUCAUCUCCUCCAACGUGGGCGAGGUCGUCUG